AUGGCACGCCAUCGUACGACAUUGUACCUCCAUACCGACGUUGACGUCGAGGAAUCAAUAGAAAAUGUCAACUCAAAGGAAUUGACCCUCCAAUUUGACCAAGCUACCCGCGAAGACAGACACAUUAUGCCCCACCCCGGAUUCAAGUAUAUCCGGUCGAUGAGAAUACACUCGAUAACUAAACCUUCCGAGGGCUCCAUAUUCAAUUAUUACUAUCAGCCUGGAACCAGUAUCUACAUCUAUCCAAAAAAUCUCGAUGGCGCCAGCAAGCAGGAGUUUUUUGAUGAGGCCAGCGAGUUCGCUAGUCAGCUAGGAUUGUCAGUGGACCACGAAUGGAUUCUUUCCACCAACUCAUUCUACUUUUACCUGCCAAAAGUAGAUAUGGAUGCAACCACCAAAUACCUUUCUUCGCUUGUUGGCAACUUUCUGGAGCCUUGGUCUAACUUGGACCUAUACUUCACCGACAAUGAGGUCACAAUCAAGACCUUAAAAGACGCUCAUGGAGGUGCAAAAUUCAGAAAGUCGUCAGACAAUCAAGAGAUUGGUGUUUUCAAAGUGGAACCAGGAAUAAGUACCUAUGAUGAUUUGGCCUUGACAGGUUUCAGGGUCGUGUUUAAUGAUGAUGACGAAAAAAAUGUUCACAAGACUCUAUUCCAUAUCAAGCCUCGUCACAGACAACUCUCUACUGCACAACAUUUUGUGUCAGUUGAGCCCAAUGGACUUCAUCCAUUGUUGCAAAGCACCCUCAAUAAUAUUCCCGAAGUUGCCAGCGACGAGGAUGUGGAAAGAUGUGGUUUGUACGGGUACUUGAGUCUUGACAAAUCCCUCUUCGUUGACAAGAACAACCUUUCACCAGGAGUUUCAGUAGCGUUGAAUUUCGGGCCCACCAACCUCGAGUUACCCGAAUACGAAAUACGGGAAUGGGGUAACGAGCUUUUGUUCAAAAUCGACAACAAAACUGGUGUUACGUUCGAUCUCCAUUCACGCUACCAAUUGCCAGCUUACCAGUUGAAAACAAAAGUGGAAAUCAGUGCGCCUCGCUUGUUCCUUGCUUGUGACGUAAAAGAUGCUAAUUUGUUAUCAGCGUCGCCAUUUGAUAACAAACUUCCCUUGGGAGGCCACUACGAACGAUUCUUCACUAAUGACACAGUAUACUACCAUAUCCCCAUGGACAAGACCACGGUAUCUGUGGAGAUCCCAAAUGCUAACAUAGGCAACAUGUAUGUUGUCAUUAUCGCAACAUUAUUGGCCCUAGGUGUGGGUUUGAUUUGGGUGUUGCGCAAGUUACUUUCAGCGGCAUCGUCAAUUGCAUCAGUAGUUGAUCCGCUAAAGAAAGACGAAUAA